CUGCACACCUGAGCGGGCUCCAACCUAACUCCAUCCCGGAGCGCGGGGAUUUGAGGAAGUGCCUCCCAGGCCUCAGCCUCAGUCUCUCCCGACUCUCGCCCACCCUGUGGCUGGCUCUCCCUCCUCUCUCUAAACGUGGACCUGAAACUCCAGCACCUCGACUUCUGGGCCAGCCUCCAUGGCCAGGUCCCAGGAUUGUUGGACUGGGACAUGGGGAACGAGUCCUUUCUGGCCUUCACCACGACGCACCUGCCCUUAGCGGAACAGAACCUUGCCAGAUAUAAACUCCGAAUAGUUGAGCCACCAAAAUUGCCUCUGGGGAAAAAACCCAACCCUGAUAAUGAUGGUCCAGAUUUUGAGCCCAACCUGUGGAUGUGGGUAGACCCCAACAUCGUGUUACCUCCUGGAAAGCUGGAGGUCCCACAACCCAGUAAGGGGGAGAAUCUGACAAGCACAGUCCCCUCCCCUCAGCUGUCCCCCAAAGAAGAAGACUUUGCCCGCUAUGCAGAGGCCACAGUGGUGGAGUCACCAUCACCGUCCAGAGAGCAGUCUCCCCCUCGGAAGCGGUUUGCCUCUUCCCCCAGCACCUGGGAGCUCACAGAAGAGGAGGAGGCUGAGAACCAGGAUGACAGCUCCUCUGUGGCUCUCCCGUCCCCUCACAAAAGGGCCCCCCUCCAGAGUCGGAGGCUUCGGCAAACCAACAGCCAGGCGGGGAGGCUCUGGUCCCGGCCCCCUCUCAAUUACUUCCAUCUAAUUGCACUGGCAUUAAGAAACAGUUCCCCCUGUGGCCUCAACGUGCAACAGAUCUACAGUUUCACUCGACAACAUUUCCCCUUUUUCCGGACGGCUCCUGAAGGCUGGAAGAACACCGUGCGUCACAAUCUCUGUUUCCGGGACAGCUUUGAGAAGGUGCCGGUCAGCAUGCAGGAUGGGGCCCCCACGCGGCCUCGAUCCUGCCUCUGGAAGUUGACCGAGGAGGGACACCGCCGCUUUGUGGAGGAAGCCCGGGCCUUGGCCUCCACUCGGCUGGAAAGCAUCCAGCAGUGCAUGAGCCAGCCAGGUGUGAGGCCUUGUCACACGUGGGGCCGAGGGGAGGGGACCUGAAGAUCCCUACCCGAGGCUGAGUGUGCAGGGCAGAAGCCAAGGUCACACCAUGCGACAGUGGGGGGUGGGUACCUUCUGUAGGAAGAGGAAAGGACAGCAGUGGUCUGGGACCUGGGGUGGUGCCUGCCUGAGGUGGGUCCCCACACAUAAUCAUGGGAUAUGAGGUACCAGGAGCUGAUGGAGACACAGCUAAGGUCCCUCCUCAGAGUCCAGCAGCCUGGGAAGAUGUGGACCACACAAUGUGAGAAGCAUGGUAUGAGAGGUUGUUUGCAAAGGGGGCUUUUUCUUUUCCUGGAGACCAGGUGGCAUUUGGGCCUUGAGAGAGGAGAGAUGGAUCACCUGCUGUGAGAGGGCGUUCCAGGCUUAGGGAACAGCAGCUGCGAAGGGCAGAUAGAUCCCUUUCACUUUCUUCUUUCCUUACAGAUGUGAUGCCCUUUCUCUUUGACCUUUAAGUUCAAGAACCAA